UGCUUCACAAGAUUACCAUCAUAUAUAUCAGUUAUUACCAGGACACAAAAUAGCCGAUAACGGAUUUGGAACCGAUGAUGAACAAUGACACACGGUUAUAGCAGCUAGCAAGAGAAGAGAACCAUUUGCCGCACUGUACAUAGCCUGGCGAGGUGGUUGUACGUACGUACUCUUGGCAGGUGAGGUUCCUUGGAGUGGUGUUAAAGCCUGCACAGGUGGAUGGGCAGCAAAUGGAGCUCCUCGUCCUCGUGCGACAGACAAAGGAGGAGAGCUUCUCCCUCUCUCUCUCUCUUUCUCUCUAGCUGCCCGACUCAUGAAUGAUCGAUCAGCAGCGAAAAAUGGGCCUGGCGGUGAAGCGCGUCUUCCUCCUCGUGCUCCUCCUGCUCAGCUUCGAGGUCCUGGAGGGGGCUCUCCUCCGCCUCGUGACCCACGAGGUCAGUGCCGUGGCAGUGACCCGUGAUGCCGGUCCUGGGUUCGUCUCCAGGUUCAGGAUGCUGCUGGCAGGACUGGACCGUCAUGGGUCGCGACACCCACACCGGAGACAUCGAAAGGGUUCUGCACCUGCAGCUCCAGCACCUGCACCGGCACCGGCACCGGCACCGGCACCGGCACCGGCACCGGCUCCAGCACCGGUUCAGGUUCAGGAAGGAAGAGCUGCUCCGACUCCGACUCCCGCUCCUCCUCCUCCUCCUCCCCACGAGAGCCAUAGACUAAGAAACCCCAGCCACAUUGCCCCAGUGAGGAGCGUGGCGCGCAGGCUGGGAGGUGGAGGUCACGCCAGGCUCCCCACAGCUGCCGUCGUCGCCCUGGCUGUUGCCGGAGCGUGUCUGCUUCUCCUCGGAGUUGCAAUGGCGGCAGCAGCAGCAGCAGCGUCACUCAGGCGAUCGAGGAAGCUCCACAAAAAGCCCUUCAAGCUGUUCUCUCAUGGAUCGAGAGCUCACAGGCCAACUUGUGUCACCGUCAAGGUUAGCUCGCAUCCUAGUGCAGAUCUGCUUUGCCCGGCCUCUGCUGUACAGUCCCAGGACUACCCAUCCCUCAAGGAAUCUACAGAGUCUAAGACCUUACCUGUUCUUCCCACUCCAUCAAUAAGUGCAGAGCUGAUCAUAGGCGAAUACGCUCUGAAAACCAGCACCAACUUGCAGUCUGAUGAAGCUGCUGAUGACUCCUUCCGCUCGUUGCCCUCUUCUCAUUCAUCAGGUGCCUCCAUUACGGAGUCGCCACUGCAAAUCUGUGAUAAACCUAUCACAGAUCCGUCUCCGCCCGAUUCACCUUCUAGCUCAUCGUACCGAUCACUGUCACCAGACUGUAGAUCUCCUUUCUGCCCAAAGACCACUUUCACAGCUCCUAGUGCCAUUUGCCAUCUUCCAGAAAACCAAAACGAGGAGAAAACUGCAACGGCUACUGACAACUCAGGACAUCCUGAAGCUCUAAAGGUCGAGCAGGCCAAUGCAAAGAUCAGGUAUCUACCGUCAGGAUGUAAUUCCAAUUCCUGUGCUUCAGAGGCCACACCCUCCGAAACAAAUCCAGCGUCCAGGGUUUCAAAUACAGACGUCAAUUUAGAUCCAAAGGAAUCGAUGCGGAACGAAGCAAAGUCCAAAGCGCCCGGAGCAACAAGUACGCCCAAAACACCACCACCCCCUCCACCGCCAACCAAGCCUACUUCAAGUCUUAAUAAAGGCCAGAGCUCUGGCCAGCCUCCGUUGCCACCUCCACUGCCGGUUCAGUUACAAGUCGGCACAGAUGGGUUACCCCUUCCAAGGCUGAAACCUCUGCACUGGGACAAAGUAAGGGCAGCUCCAAACCGCUCAAUGGUGUGGAAUGACAUUAAGUCCAAUUCCUUUGCGUUUGAAUUUGAUGAACAGAUGAUCGAGUCAUUGUUUGCAUACAACUUUCAAGGGCAAACAAAAAACGAGGACCCCAAGAGCAAGAUUCUAGCUACCAGCAAACAUGUCAUCGAGCACCACAAGCUUCAAAAUACUACCAUACUCUUGAAGACCUUAAACGCUAGCACUGAACAAGUCUGCAGCUCUAUAACGGAAGGUGCUGGACUGUCCACCCAACAACUGGAAGCGCUGGUCAAGAUGAGACCGUCCGAGGAAGAGGAGAAGAAGCUACUUGAUUAUGGCGGGGAUACCAACAUGUUGGAUCCAGCAGAGAACUUUGUCAAGGUGCUGCUGACAAUACCGAUGUCAUUUCCAAGAAUUGAGGCGAUGCUGUACAAGGAAACUUUUGACGACGAAGUUGCCCAUCUCAGGAUGUCCUUUGCACUGAUUAGAGGAGCCUGCAGCGAGCUCAGGUCGAGCAAAUUGUUUCUAAGAUUACUUGAAGCGGUACUCAAGACUGGAAACAGAAUGAAUGUUGGAACUAUAAGAGGAGGGGCAAAUGCUUUCAGACUUGACGCACUGCUGAAGCUGUCAGAUAUACGUGGAGCUGACGGGAAGACAACCCUCCUGCACUUUGUCGUCCAAGAGAUGGAGCGAUCGCAGGGAUCAAAGGCUUCAGAUAAGCCCAGUGGAACUUCUGGAUCUUGUCAAGCCACACUGGCAGAAAGAGAAGGGUGUUCGGAAAUGGGAACAGAAUUUGUUUCAGAGUUAAGUAAUGAGCUUGGCAAUGUCAAGAAGGUAGCAAGUAUAGAUUUAGAUACCUUGAAAAGUUCAAUCUCGAAUCUAUCACGUGGACUGGCUCGAUUGAUAAGGCUUGUCGGGAAGGACCUUACCUGCAAUGACAGGAACCAGAAUUUCCUGCAGUGCAUGAGAUCAUUCCAAACUCAUGCAGAGAAUACCAUGCUGGAACUCAAGGUUGACGAAGCUGAGGUCCUACAGCAGGUCAGAGAACUCACAGAGUAUUAUCAUGGAGAGGUUGGCAAGAACGAGUGCAACCUCCUCCAUAUAUUUGUCAUCAUGAGGGAUUUUCUCGGUUUGCUAGAUAGGGUGUGCCGAGAAAUGAGGGGUUCAAAGCACAUGCAACCUCUGAACAUAGUGCUUCCACUCAGGUGAAUACGUUCAUGAUCAGACUUCACAUUAACCAGUUGGACAUUAACAAAUUAACAUUUUUGUGGAACUGUGUGUAUAGUUAUUGGCUUAAUGAUGGGUUUGUAUCAGUUAUGGAGAGUUUGUACACAUGCAGAAUUGUAUUAGGAUGAUGAUGUGUUUUGGUUGCAUGGUUUUCAAUUCAUUGAAUAUACUCACAAGUCACAACUUAAUGCUGACCAUGUUAUUGUUC